GGCCACCCUGUAUGUGUAAUGUUCGUAAUUUCAGGUUCCAAAACUGCCUUGGAUUGAAAGUGCAUUUACAAUUUUGAAAAUAUGCGUAAUAUGCAUAAGGUGUAUUUGCAUAAAUGUUCAUUUGUGAUACAGAAUUAUUCUAAAUAUUUACUGGAGCGCCUUAUAUUUAUCUAUGUACUAAUGUGGUAAAUAUUUAGACAUGAGUUUUAUAAACAGGAAAUUGAAUAUAUAUUUAGGUACAUACAAUAAUGAUAAAAAUCUAUUAACGACUAUUUAGGUAACUACAAAAGGUUUCCACCCGUCAAAAUUUCUUUCCGUAAUGGCCGCCCUAAUCCUUAUCUUCUUUUUGAAAGUUAUCUCCAUUGCUCUAUCCGACCCUAGUGACGACAAACUAAGGCAAUACAUCGGUCUCCUGGGAAGCCUAAAGUUUGGUGACAAAUGUUCCUACAAAAAUUCCGCGAUUCUACGUAACUUUGUGGCAAAGGACAAAAGCAGGUUCAAUUUUUCCGACAAUUCUGAAACCCUAGUGGACUGGGUGGUCGAUGGUGAUCGCAAGUUUUGCGACGCCACCGAACUGCUCAUUUGUGGGAAAGAAGAGGGACGCUGCAUUUGCGGCGAAGCAUCAAACGAGCUCCCAUUUAUACCUUUGGAUCAGCGUGAAAAAUAUGUCGUACAGCAGAACCGUACUUUACACGGGAGAAAAAUGUGUCGUUGGGCACAGAAUUCCAUUUGUUGGCCUGAAGUUGAACAAAUAACUACUGAAAUUUCUGAGGACGGUAGAAAAUGUGCGGAUGAAUUGCAAUGCGUCGACAGGGUGGAUACUGGUCCUUGUUCUUGGACGAUUUUGAAAAAAUAUGGAAAUGUGCAUUCGUAUCGCGAUGAUGAAUUGCCAACUUACUUGUACGAGGAGAAGAUUUGCUCGUGCCAGAAGCUGAUGUGAAUGACGAAAAUAUUUAACUACUCCAAAAUAAAUUUCCGACAGAAACAUAUUUAGAAUAAUUUCAUAUUUUCCAUGUUUGAUGAUAUAAAGAUAAAAUGAGCGUAAUGUGUAAAUCAUUUUCGUCACCUACAAUAAAACAAAUUACAAAUGGAAUCUUGGGUGCAGGAUAAAUAAAUGCAGCAAAGCUAUUUUAUUAAUCCAUUUUAUUUUAUUUGUAUUUGCUUGUUUUAUUUAGUCUUUACUGUCAAAAAAGGCAACACCUUGCACAACCUGCUGCAAUUUUUAUUAAUCCAUUUUAUAAAUAUUUAACUCCCUAGCGAAACUGGAAACGUCAAUUAUUUGCUCACUUGUUACCGAUCACAUAUGUACAUAUGUACUUAUUUAUUUGUGCAAACAAGUAUCUCAUACUUAU